AGGAUUGCAAGCUCAGUAAGAGAAGGCUUCAAUGGAUCUAGUUGUGGUCCUGGUGCUCAGUCUGUCCUUUUUGCUUCUCCUUUCACUCUGGAAGCAGAGCCAUGGGAGAAGGAGGCUCCCUCCUGGACCCACCCCUUUCCCAAUUCUUGGAAAUAUCCUGCAGUUAGAUGUUAAAGACAUCAGCACAUCGUUAACCAAUCUUUCAAAAGUCUAUGGCCCUGUGUUCACUGUGUAUUUGGGCAUGGAGCCCACUGUGGUGAUGCAUGGGUAUGAAGCAGUAAAGGAAGCCUUGGUUGACCUUGGAGAGGAGUUUUCUGGAAGAACCAAUUUCCCAGUGACUACAAAACUUAAUCAAGCAUCUGGAGUUAUUUUCAGCAAUGGAAAGAGAUGGAAAGAGAUGCGGCGCUUCUCGCUCAUGACCUUGAGGAAUUUUGGGAUGGGGAAGAGGAGCAUUGAGGAACGAGUUCAAGAGGAAGCCCGCUGCCUUGUGGAGGAGCUGAGAAAAACCAAUGCCUCACCCUGUGACCCUACCUUUAUCCUGGCCUGUGCUCCUUCCAAUGUGAUCUGCUCCGUGAUUUUCCAGAACCGAUUUGACUACAGAGAUCCAAAGUUCCUGAACUUGAUGGGGAAAUUCAAUGAAAACUUCAAGAUUCUGAAUUCCCCAUGGUUGCAGUUCUGCAAUAUUUUUCCUAUUCUCAUGGAUUAUCUCCCAGGGAGUCAUAACAAAGUCAUUAAAAACUUUGCUGAAAUAAGAGGUUAUAUUUUGGAGAAAAUAAAAGAACACCAAGAGUCCUUGGACAUAAACAACCCUCGGGAUUUCAUUGACUGUUUCCUUAUCAAAAUGGAACAGGAAAAGAACAAUGAGCAGUCUGAAUUCACAACUGAAAGCUUGAUUGGCACUAUAACUGAUUUGUUUGUGGCUGGGACAGAGACAACAAGCACCACUCUGAGAUAUGGGCUCCUCCUCUUGCUGAAGCACCCGAAGGUCACAGCUAAAGUGCAGGAGGAGAUCGAGCAUGUGAUUGGCAGACACCGGAGCCCCUGCAUGCAGGACAGGAGCCGCAUGCCCUACACGGAUGCCACAGUGCAUGAGAUCCAGAGAUUCAUUGAUCUCAUCCCCAACAACGUGCCCCGUGCAACAACUUGUAACGUUAAAUUCAGAAACUACCUCAUCCCUAAGGGCACAUCCAUCAUAGCAUCACUGACUUCUGUGCUGUACGAUGACAAAGAGUUCUCCAACUCUCAGAUGUUUGACCCUGGCCACUUCCUGGAUGACAGAGGCAAUUUUAAGAAAAGUGACUACUUCAUGCCUUUCUCAACAGGAAAACGAAUGUGUGUGGGAGAGGGCCUGGCCCGCAUGGAGCUGUUUUUAUUCCUGACUGCCAUUUUACAGAAAUUUACCCUGAAACCAUUGGUUGACCCAAGGGAUGUUGACACAACCCCAGUUUUCAAAGGGUUUGGCCACGUGCCACCCUUGUACCAGCUCAGUUUCAUUCCUGUUUGAAGAGGGGCAGGUCAUGUGCCUGCUGCUGGGUUGUCAUCUGCAACGCCCCUCUCCCAGGCACCAUCCGACUGUUUCCCCUAUCCUGAUGCCUUCUCUUUGAUCUGUCCUCUGACAUUUUCUCCUUUAUCAAGAUCCACCCUCCAUUAGAGAGAGUUUUUUGGGUCUUUUCACAAAUAUGUAUCUAUUAUUCCUUAUAGUCUAUAACUCUUACAUUGACUAUCACAUAGGCUAAUACUCAUCUAAUGCUGUGUUAUUAAUAUGCUAUCACUGUAAAAUUGAACAAGAUGAUUUGCAUUUGAUAAUUCAGAACUAUUUCCCCUCUGUAUGUUCUAGAUAGCUACAUUAUUGAUUUUUGGAUGAGUUCUCAGAUUUUCCUUCUCUUGUAUAUAAUGUGCCUAAGGAGUGAAAGAAAAUAGGGCCUCAAGAAUUGAGGCUGGUCCUCAUAAUGUUAAGUAUCAACAGGCUCCAUAAACUUGUGUAAUUAUUUGUCAAUUAGGUAUAAAAUAAAAAUUUUAAAAAGUUUGUUAUUUCUUAGGUAUGGCCAAAUAAUUCUACCCUUGCCAUAUACUCAAAAGAAAUGAAUGCAAGGUAUCUAAGAGGUAUUUAUAUACUUGUUCAUAGUAGCAUUAUUCACAAUAACCAAAAGAUGGAGGAACAUCAUGGGUCCCUUGAGGAAAUAAUGGAAGGUCUUCCUGGCUUCUAUAUGUGUGAGAGUGGGGAAUUACUGUUUAAUGAUACAAAGUUAUAUUUUCAAGAUGAAAAAAGAGUUCCCAAGAUGGUGGUGGUGAUUGCAUAAUAAUGUGAAUGUACUUAAUGCAAUCAAACUGUGUCCUAAAAUAAUUAAAAUGGUAAAUUUUA